AUGAAGCAGGAGCGAGACGCGGCGGCGGAGGAGGAGGAGGAGGAGGAGGAGGAGGAGGAGGAGGAGGAGGAGGAGGAGGAGGAGGAGGAGGAGGAGGAGGAGGAGGAGGAGGAGGAGGAGGAGGAGGAGGAGGAGGAGGAGGAGGAGGAGGAGGAGGAGGAGGCGGAGCCUGAGGGGGCGUGCAGGGACGAAGGAGAGGGAGGAGAGACAGCAGCGGCAGCGGCCGUGCGUGUGGGUGAGGAGAAUCUAGCAGGAGGAGAGGCAGGGAUGGAAGGAGAAUCAGAAAGACCUGCGGGUGAUCUAGCACCAGCGCGGUUACCACCUGCGAAUCUCGCGUUCGCGAAGCUCGUCCCUCGCUUGGUCGGCUCUGCAGCAGCAGCAGCAGCAGCGGCGGCGGCAGCUGUGGCUGCUGUGGUUGCUGUUGCUGCUGCUGUAACCUUAGCUGCUGCUGCUGCUGCAGGUUCAGACACACCGGUGGCACUGGUGGCGUUGGUGGCGCUGGUUACAGUAGCUGCGCGGGUCACAAACGAGGGGAACGACGGCAGUUUGAACAGCUCCUCCAAUCCCUGCUCCAAAAUCGUCACCUCCUUCUCCACCAAUGAGAACGCGUCGCCCGCUGUCGGCGGCGCCGUCGCACGGCUGGACGACGGCAGCGACUGCGACGGCAGCGACAGCGUGCGACGCGGGAACCCGCGCUUGGCGACAGAGGCGAGGGACGAAAUCGGUUCCGUCUCCGUCGCCGCCGCCGCCGCCGCUGCCGCUGCAGCGGCACUACCAGCAGCACCCCCCCCAGCAGCAGUUGCCGAGAUAGAUCCGGAAAUCGGCGGCGGCUUUUCAUUAGCUUUCCCCGACCUGCCGGAAGCGGCUCGCGCGUUCCCGCCGCCAGGCGCGCCGGCUGCGCCGGAUGCGGCGGCGGUGGCGACGCGGGAAGAGCCCGAUCGGCCCCUGGAACGGGACGGGCUGCUGCCGACCCUUGUGUGGGGCCGCCUGAGCCGGCUCAAGAGAUGUGCCGGCCUGAAGCUGCCUAACGACAAGAAAUGCCGCGCGUUGGCGCCUCCGCUGCCACCCGGCUGGCCGGAGGUGGUGCUGCGGGGCGGGCUGCAAACAGACGCGCUAGCGCACGCGCCAGCGGCGGCGGCGGCGGUGGGUGAAGAGAUCGGGGAGUUGGGGAGCGAGUCAGUAUCGGAGUCAUCGAAGACCGAGCUCACGUCAGCUACAGCGGCGAAACCAGAAGCCGCGGAGAUAGGGAGGCAGGUGUAG